CAUGCCCCACAGCCCCCCCCCCACAGCCCCCCCAUCCCGCAGUGCAAGGAGGAAGCUGCAGGCACGCUGGAGGCGGUGCAGCUCCUGCAGGGGGUGGCUCAGCUGCUGGCCAAGUGCAAGGAAAGCUACCACAGCAAGUGCCACGAGCACGAGAGGCUGCGCCGGGAGGGCACCAACCAGAAAGACAUCGACAAGGCAGAGCUGAAAUCCCAAAAGGCAGCAGAAGCGCUGCGACGAGCGGUGGAUAAAUACAACACUGCCCGCAAUGACUUCGAGCAGAGGAUGGUGGAGUCAGCCACACGCUUCCAGGAGGUGGAAGAAGCCCACCUGCGCCACAUGAAGGGCCUCAUCGGCUCCUACUCGCACUCGGUGGAGGACACCCACGUGCAGAUCGGGCAGGUGCACGAGGAGUUCAAGCAGAACGUGGAGAACAUCGGCACCGAAACGCUGCUGCGGAGGUUUGCAGAGAGCAAAGGGACGGGGAGGGAGCGCCCAGGAGCGCUGGAUUUUGAGGAGUACCGCCUGGCCCCAGCGCAGGAAGGGCCCAAGAGGAGCCGCAGCAAAGCCUUCCGCAUCCCUGGGCUGAGCCGCAAGGAGAGGGAGCGUGAUGCUGGAGAGUCACCGGACACCGAUGUGGCUUGCCCCGAGGUGGAUGAGGACGGGUUCAGCGUGCGCCCAGACGUCACUCACCCAGAGACGGAGCACCACAGCUGCUCCUCCAGCGACUCAGACUAUGAUGAGGAUGAGCCCCGCAGGUUCCACGUUCACAUCAAACCUGUACAGCCCCGCGAGGGGGGGGGCAGCGCAGGGGCCACCGUGGAGCAGCUGAGGGCCACCGUGGGAACCUUCAUCCUGCCGCCCGGCGUGGGGGGCACCGUCAGACGGCAGUCGUCGCGGCACACAGCGGCUCUGUCCGCAGCCCCGAGCGCCGCCGAGCCGGGGGGGCCGCAGGUGCCAGGUGACAGCAUGGGGAGGGGACACGCGGUGGCACAGGCAAGCAGCUGCCCUGGGAAGGCCCCGGUGGACGCGGUGCCCCCCAUGGAGGCUGUGCCCCCCGCAGCGCUCUUCGGGCCCCCCCUGGAAUCAGCUUUUGAGGCAGAGGAUUUCCCAGCGCCCCGUUCCUACGUCCUGACCUCCUCCUCCUCGCCCUUCUCUUCUUCUUCCCCGGAAAAUGUGGAGGAUUCGGGUUUGGACUCCCCCUCGCACCCCGCGCCCGUCCCCUCCCCGGACUCGAGGCCGUGGACUCCAUCAGCACCUCAGAGCCCCCUCCCCAAGCGGGGGGCGCCGCCGGACCCCUCCCCGGCGCCAUCAUCGGCCUGGGCCCCCCCUCGACCCCGCAGCCCCGGGGGUCGCCUGCCCGAGCUGCCCGGCUUCGCUGUGUUCCCCGGGGCUGAGGGACUCUGGGAGGAGGGGGAUGGGGGGGGUGCGGCGUCCCGGGGACGGCCCCGUGGCACUGCCCCCCCCCCACAGCCCCCCUCGCCCGACCCUUUUGGGGAGCCCUGGGUCCGGCCCCGCAGUCCCCCUGGGGAGCGACCCCCCCAGCCCCGACCUUCCUCCAAUUCGGCCUCAUCCUCCUCCUCCUCUCCGGCCCCCCCAAGUGGGGGGGAGUCCUCCAGCCCCUCCCCAUGGACGUGCCCAGGGCUGGGGAUGAGGACGUCUGAGGGUGGCACUGCGGCGGCCCCCCCUGAAUUGGCCUCCCGCCCCCCUGCCGCCGCCCCCCGUGAGGUCCCACUGGUGGCCCCCCCUCGCCGCUCCCGGACGAAGCGCCCGGCAGCCGGCCCAGCUGCAGGCAGCAACAGUGACCUGUCACGCUCGCUCAGCCCCCCACCCUCCUGGAGCUGCCCCUCACAUUCAGCCCCCGCCAGCCUGGGGGAGCACGGCUUCUUCUCCGUGUGCCCACCACCCCUCGGGCUGUCUCGGGGUCCCAGCCCCGUGGUGCUGGGCUCGCAGGACGCGCUGCCCGUGGCCACCGCCUUCACCGAGUACGUGCAUGCGUACUUCAAGGGGCGCGAUGCCGACAGCUGCUUGGUGAAGGUGACGGGGGAGCUCACCAUGUCCUUCCCCGCCGGCAUCGUGCGCGUCUUCAGCGGCAGCUUGGCUCCCCCCGUGCUCAGCUUCCGUCUGCUGAACGCCGGUGCCAUCGAGCAAUUCCUGCCCAACGCCGAGCUGCUCUACAGUGACCCUUCCCAGAGUGACCCCAGCACCAGGGACUUUUGGCUGAACAUGGCUGCGCUGACGGGGCAGCUGCAGAAACAAGCAGAGCAGAGCCCAUCCGCCUCCUACUACAACGUGGCUCUGCUCAAGUACCAGUUUUCUCGGCUGGGCCCCAGCUCAGCCCCACUGCGGCUGUGUGUGCGCUGGGAUUGCACACCCGGAGCCACGCGGGUCAGUGUGGAGUAUGGAUACAACGCGGGUGCACUCGCCCUGCCCGUGCCCCUCGCCAACGUCCACGUGCUGCUGCCCCUGGAUGAACCCGUCACCAACGUACGGCUGCAGCCCAAGGCCAGCUGGAACCUGGAGGAGAAGAGGUUGCUCUGGAAGCUGCUGGAUGUUCCCAGUGCGCCAGGGCAGGGAGGCUGCGGGCGGCUCUCAGCCAGCUGGCAGCCGCUGUGUGGGCCCAGCAAACCCAGCCCAGUGGCAGCACAGUUCAGCAGUGAGGGCAGCACGCUGUCGGGAGUCGAGGUGGAGCUGGCAGGCGCUGGGUACCGCAUGUCACUGGUCAAGAAGAGGUUUGCCACGGGGAUCUACCUGGCGGGGUCCUGAGCUGCUUCUUCUCAGACCCCCAGACCUCCCCUUGGUUGUGUGAGCUCAAAGCACUGGAUGGAGCCUGGGUGGAGGGGGUGCCUUCCUCCUCCUCCUCCUCGCUCCUCUUCCUCCCCCCCACUCCCCUUCCUCCCCAUAGCCAUAACUGCGUCAUCUCCUGCUGUAAGGGAUGGACCCCCCCAUCCCACCCCCGUGCUGUGAAGCUCUUUUAUUAAACACUUUAUUUUC